AUGGCAGAUCAGAUGGACAAUCAACCCAAUCAAGUAUCCAGGAGGCCUGGAUUAAAAAGUAUGGACUUUCCUCAAGCCAGCAAUUCCACAUUUCAAUUUCGAGCAUUGCCUACCAACGACAAGCUAGGGACAGCCUCGGCGUCUAAUCGGCCAAAAAUGAGUCUACCACCGGUGGCCAAAACCAAGGAACCACCAUUAGUUAUCCGCGAUACCAAGUUGAAGACCUCCAUGUCUUCGGUCGGCAAGCUCCAAAUCAAAGGUCUCAGUUACGACUUCACCUCAGAGGACCUACAGGAUUUGGGCGAGAUCGGCAGAGGAGGAUUCGGGACGGUGAACAAAAUGAUACACCGGGCGACCGGUACCGUGGUGGCUGUCAAACGGAUCAGAUCGACCGUGGACGAAAAGGAACAGAAGCAAUUGCUGAUGGAUUUGGAUGUGAUUAUGAAAAGUAGCGAAAAUAAAUACAUUGUACAAUUUUACGGAGCUUUGUUUAAAGAGGGAGACUGUUGGAUAUGCAUGGAAUUGAUGGAUACGUGUCUAGAUAAAUUUUACAAAUUCAUAUUCGAGCGAUUGAAAGCGCGAAUACCCGAACCGAUUUUGGGUAAAAUAGCCUUAGCCACUGUAAAUGCGUUAAAUUACCUUAAGGAAGAACUGAAAAUCAUCCACAGGGAUGUAAAACCAAGCAAUAUACUUUUAGAUAAGGGCGGUAACAUUAAGCUCUGCGAUUUCGGCAUAUCCGGGCAAUUGGUCGAUUCCAUCGCCAGGACCAAGGACGCCGGAUGUCGACCCUACAUGGCCCCGGAGAGGAUCGAUCCGCAAACGGCCAGAGGUUACGACGUGAGGAGCGACGUCUGGUCGUUAGGCAUCACCCUGAUGGAGGUGGCUACCGGGCAUUUUCCUUACAAGAAAUGGUCCAGCGUGUUCGAUCAACUGCACGAGGUCGUGAACGGGGAUCCGCCGAGAUUAUCCACUAGUCAUAAUGCCAACACUUUCACAGCGGAGUUUGUGGAUUUCGUUAAUACAUGUUUGAUUAAACAGGAAAACCAGCGACCAAAGUACAAACAACUCCUGCAGGACCCGUUCAUACUGAGGGCGCAAAAAGAAGAAGUGGACGUGUCGGAUUACGUGACGAAGAUCAUGGACGAAAUGGCGAAUAACGGCAUCAGUGCAUUCACCACGAAUUUGCAAUGA